AUGGCCGCCGAGCUCAGGCCCGAGCCAACCCCAGAGAGUGUCCAGGCCAUCAACAGCAAGACGCUGGGCACAUCCGCCGGCGCAUUUCCCGUCGUCACGCUCCCCAGCGGCGAGCGCAUCCCGACUGGCACCGUCGGUGCGCUGCUCGUCAACGUGCGAGCCUACGACGCGGCCGCGGCCGCAGGCGACGCCGCGACGCAGGAGACCCUCGCGGAGGCGUUGCGCGCCGCGGUGCCGGUCUUACACAAAGUCGGCCUGUUUGCGCUAUUUGCGCCCGCGGAGUGGGCGUCGGACAGGAGCCCGGGAAGAUCAUUAGUGGGCGAAAUGGCAAAGGAGCUGAAUUGA